AUGGAAAACACCCGCUGCUUUGCGAACCGCUUCUCUGACUACAAAGGUGCGCUGCUCCCGGGACAGGGCGUCGAGGCCAUCGUGCCCGCCGUGGUCGCCACCGUCGAUAAAGUCUUGAAAAACGUUCCCUUCGACAUCAGCGACUGCGACGGAGGGCUGUACGAUGGGCCGGCCGGGGUGGCUUACAUGCUGUACCAUGUCAGCGAGUGUCCGCUGUUCUCCGAGCACCGGGACGCCUACCUGAAGACGGCCAAGCAGAUGAUCGACGUUUCUGUCCGAUACGUGGACGCGGAGCCGGAUAAAAACAUGCGUGCCGCCUUCCUGCUCGGCGGGGCGGGCAUCUACGCGGUGGCCGCUAUGAUAUACAAAUCGCUGGGCUUGGCUGAUUUCGUCAAGCCGCUCAAUAAAUUUCGUAACCUGUGGGAUGUGUGUGCGCCCAUCAAUUUUCUGGAGUGCGGCUCGGAUGAGCUGUUUGUGGGGCGGGCGGGGUACCUGUGUGCUGCCCUGGUCCUCAAACAGAAGCUGGGCAUAGAGAUUCUGAGCAAGGAUCGAAUCAAAUCUAUUUGCCAGGCCAUCAUAGAGUCAGGAAAACAGUACGCCAGGAAGAAGAGAAAGCCUUUCCCCCUCAUGUACUCAUACUAUGGGACAGAGUAUCUUGGUGCUGCUCACGGCCUUUCAUCAGUGCUGCAGAUGCUGCUGAGCUACCAGGACAUGCUAAGUGGUGCAGAGAAGGACCUGGUGUGGCAAAGCAUAGAUUUCCUCAUGAACCAGGAGCAGAACUGUAACUGGCCUGCAGAGCUGGGCGCCAUCAUUGAGAGAGAGAACGAAUUGGUGCACUGGUGCCAUGGAGCACCGGGUGUGGCGUAUCUUUUUGCAAAAGCCUAUCUGAUCAAUAAGAAGCCCCAGUAUCUGGACACAUGUAUCCGCAGUGGGGAGCUUGUGUGGCAGAAAGGUUUGCUGAAGAAAGGACCUGGGAUUUGUCACGGAGUUGCAGGGAGUGCUUACGUCUUCCUCCUGCUGUAUCGGCUCACAGGAAACUCGAAAUACAUCUACCGUGCUCAGAGGUUUGCUGAGUUCCUCUUCACUGAGGAAUUUAAGGCCGGCUCGCGCUCAGUAACCAGUGUCUACAGUCUGUUUGAAGGCCUGUCAGGGACGGUUUGCUUCCUGGUAGACCUCAUGCAGCCGGACCAGUCAGAGUUCCCUCUGUUCAGUAUCUUUGUGUGAAUGGAAACCUGGUUAGUGCCAUUCAUUGACCUGAACAGACACCACUCCUUCCCUCUGAAAUCCCUUGAGAGCUGGAUUGGUAGAAACUUUAGAACCAGGAUUGAUACUGUGAUCAUGAGUUGCAGUGGCGGGAUGGUUGGUAUUUGUUUGGGGGCUUAGAAAAUCACAUUUGAGUACAGUUGCAGUAGAAAAAUGGUCUUGUUUUGUGUCUGUACUAAAGUGAAUGUUCAGCUUUCAGGCUUUACCAGAUUUCAUCCCGCUUAAUGUCAAAUUGCCCAUUUCAAUUUGCAAUGUAAUCAACUGUGCUAAAGCAGGGGUUUUCAAACUGUGAGGGUUGCCUCCCCAGGAGGGUGUGGGAAAGUUGAAGGGGAGGCAUGGAGGGAGAGACAUGAGGCAAAGAUAUCAUGCUUCUUUUAGUGAUAACCCAGUCAAAUCUGAACACAGACAUGAUUUGCACAUAUUUAGAUUCAGUGUGACAUUUCCUGAGGAUAUUGUCAUGUCUGAUGUCCAUCAAGGAUAAAUGUCCAUAAUUUUGCAUGGAAGUCAUUCAAAAAGAGUCACAAACUUGCCUGAGAAUCAUAUUGUUAAGUGUUCUUCAGUGUCAAAGCAAUCCAAUGAUAGCUGUCUGUACAUCCAUGGAUACAUUGCAAAAAGGGGUUGUGGUUAGCUAAUUUGGCAUACUUUUAAUUGUGCUAUUUUUCCAAAAUGUAAACAAAUCAAACUAUCUCGAUUUUUGUCUGGGAGGGAGGACGGGGGCAUGCUUUCAGUCUUUGAAAACCUCUGCACUAAAGCAUUGGGAGCUUUGAAAUGUGGUACUGCUUGUAUGGUGAUUGAAACUGCAGCAUAUUGUACAAAGAUGGUGCUCUCAGGUCAGAAACACAUGCACCAUAAACAGCUAAAGUAGAUGGUAAUCACUGAGGUCACACAAAAGAAAAAGAGAAAAACAAGCAUCACAUAAUGCCUUUUAAAAUUUUUCUACCACUUCACCAGCUCAGCAUCACAUACCGCAGACCUUUGAGUUUAUGGUUUAGGGUAUGUAAUUUCUCAAGUUGUUGUCACAACCUUUAAUAAUAAAUAUAAUGGAGGGAUUCUGAUAGUGAAACUAUGUAGAUAGGUUCAUCCAACAGACGAUGAGGGGAAAAAAAUGUAGUUUAUUGUCCUAAUAAUAUUCUCACUUUGUUUGCGCUGUGCAAUAUUACUGACUCACCUAUCUGAACUGAGGUUGUAGCUGUGUGAGAGCAGUUUAUAUCUAUUUGAUAUUUCACACUGUGUUAGAUACUGAAUGGGGAUGUUUGAAAUGUUCAACAUUCAAUGUUAUGACUUUUACCCUCUCUUAAAAAAGAACAAAAGAGUAUGUUAGACUGUAGGUUUGUGAUGAAGACUGACAACAUAAGAGUAGAGCAUGUAGUCAGUGUGAGAAUUUAAUUUUUCUUCCAGUAAGGUCUGUUCAAGAUGCUACUUUUUGCAACUCAGUUAUGUAAAUUAUGGUCAACAGACAAUUUCUUCACAUAAAUGUGAUAAUGAGGCCUUAAAAACAAAUUUCCAGCAUUUGGUCAUGGUCAUGUCUCUCAGAGUAAAAAGGAUUCACGACUCUGGGAACUGAAAAAUGCUUUGGGCAGCGUUUCUGACAUGUGGCUCAAGUUGGUAAAAAGGCCUGUGAAUAACGGCAAAACCAAAGCAGUUUCCCAAUGCUAACUGUGCCUGUUGUGGAACAUUUAUAAGCUGUGUAUGUGUGUGUGCUGUUUUGCAUUUGCAGUCCGAGCUAUCCACAACAAA